UUUUAGCAGAGUCGUCCUCUCCACUGGAGUAAAGUCUUCUACCAGUAAAGACUGUACAGGAGGCAGAUUACAGAAACAGACCAGAAGUGAAAGAACGAAGAAACAAAGAAGACAGGGACUGAUAGUUAAAGAUUCAGCCAUGGCCACUGCAGCUCCCCCCAAAAGGAUGGUGUCUUCAGUCUUCAUCACUCUAGCACCUCCAUAUCGAGGCACAGUGACCCAGCAGCAGCAGCCCACUCUCCAAGCUCACAGCUCUGCAGUUAUAGACAACCAGCAAACUGCAGUCCGCAUAAGUCCCACCAACACCUCACCUGUAGCCACGCCAAAGAUAAACAACAAUAUGACAAAUGGAGUCAAAGCUAAAAGCAAAGAUGAAACUUUAGUAGGUGCAGCUAAACAAGCCCCCUCAAGAGUUGCUCAAUCUGCAUCAAUUAUAGCAAAACCUCAGGAGAGCAUAAAACCAAAAGAUCCACUCCCCUUUCCCCUAUCUCCUGCUGUACUACCUUCUUCCGUGGGAACAAUUCCUUGUGAAGAAAUGCCCCUUCCACCGCCGCCCUCAGCCCAGGAGAGCCCAGUGUGCCCUUUGACCCCAGGCCAGCAGCCAGUUUACAGCAGAGAGGUAGAAACAAGCACUCCAUCUAGUGGGUUAAAUAAAAACAUGAUGGAGGAACUGGUACACCAAAAAAAUCCAGACAUAAGUGAAGAAUGUAAAGAUGUGUGUGGCUUCUGUCGAAAGUCAGUGAAUCUGAGUGAACCAGCCAUAGAAGCUUUGAACAGGACUUACCACGAGGCUUGCUUCCAGUGCAGAUCAUGUCAUAUCCCACUGGCGGGUAAACAAUACUACAACAAAGCGGGAAUCCCUCUGUGUGAAGACUGCUACCAGGCAAGUCUGGAGCUCUGCUGGGCCUGUGGAGAAGUUAUCAAAUAUCAAGUGAUGCGUGCGCUAGAACGGGCCUACCAUCCCCAAUGCUUUAUGUGUACAACCUGCAAACAGCAGAUUGGGGAGCAGCGAUUUGCCCAAGGGGAAGUUGGGGAAGUGUACUGCCUGCCAGAUUAUUACAGGAAAUAUGCCCCCAAAUGUAAUGCUUGUAACCAACUGAUAAUUCCAAAAGAAGAUGGUACUGACAGCUACACAAUUGAAUGCCUGGGAAACUCCUAUCAUGAGGACUGCUAUAGAUGUGAGAUGUGUUUUACUCACCUGACUCCUGAACCCAAUGAGCGGGGCUGCUACCCUCUGGAUGGGAAGCUCCUGUGUAAAGCAUGUCAUCUCUCUUUGGUCUCUGCACAGCAUGGACAGUGACACAACUUCAGUUAAAGAGGAGACCUGGACAUUCCCUUAAAAACAGCCAUUUAUGCCAAUCUAUUUUUGAUUAUCUUGCACAUAUUAAGUGACACUAUAUAGAACAAGUAUAUUCAUGAGAUAGAUAAAGUUGUUUUUGUAAUCAGUA